AAGCAGGCUGGCUCUCGAGCUUCCGUUCUCCCUUUCUUUUAAUCGAAGUUCCCCCCAAAAAGUCUAGUUUGCAAAUCAACAGAAAUAAGUUGAUUUUACAGUUAGCAUUCUCCAAAUUUACCCAAGUGAAUUAUGAAAAUAUAUGCGGCGCAUGAACAGCAAAGGUGUUCGUUCACUGUUGACGGCCCUGAAAUUAACGCACCUCAGAUUUAGAUCUACCAGAGACGUAACAUCUGUGAAGAUGCCAUCUAAUGUAGAGAUUAAAGCCAAGGUAGGUGAUUUGGAGAACAUGAAGCGAAAAGCUAAAGAAGUGAGUGGCAGUGAUGGGGUUUUAAUUGUUCAAGAAGAUACGUUUUUUAAUGCAACCACUGGACGAUUAAAACUCAGACAACUCCAAAAUGAGAAAUCAAUGUUGAUAUUUUAUAAUCGCCCGGAUCAAACGGGACCUAAAUUUUCGGAAUAUCAUAUCACAACAAUAGAAGACCCGGAAAGUUUAAAGGUUACCCUAGGAAAAGCUUAUGGUAUUAAAGGCGUAGUGAAGAAAAAACGGUUUUUGUUUUUAGUGGAUCAAACGAGAAUUCAUGUUGAUGAUGUAGAAGGCCUCGGCAGUUUCAUGGAAUUAGAGGUGGUCAUGAAAGAAAAUCAAACUACGGAGGAGGGACAACAAAUAGCAGAAGAUCUGAUGAAAAAACUGGACAUUCAAGAAAAUUCCUUGAUAACCGGGGCUUAUAUGGAUCUUUUGUUAAAAUAAAUAAUAAUAAAAAUAAACAAUGA